AUGUUUGAAGCAACACUUGCCUUCCUCCUACUGCUUCCUAGCACUUUGGGCCAUGCCGUGGUCCAGAAGCCAGUUCCUCGCGGAUCCGGUGACGCUACGCUAGCACUCUGUGGCGAGGCUGUCACGACUAAACUCGAUGAUGAUCCAGCCGGCCCGAUUGAGAACUCUGUCAAGGUAGCGGACGCAGAUUACAAGUGCAACCUGUAUCAGUGUCGCGGUUACCAAUACGAAGACAACGUCGACAAACUCAAUACGUACGCAGCCGGCGACGUGGUGACAUUCCAUAUCGACCUUGUAGCAGCUCAUCGACCGGGCUGGGCGAAUGUCUCUGUCAUCGACCUCGCAACCAAUAAAGCCAUCGGUGACCCCGUCAAGGUGUGGGAUGUGUGGCCAGACAAUGUCGCCGGAGGAGGGGACGAUGUUGACUUCAACAUUACGAUCCCAAGCAGCCUUGGGUCCGCAUGCAACGCCGGCGGAAAAUGUGCCUUACAAUGGUACUGGUGGUCAAACGGCAACUCUCAGACUUACGAGAGUUGUGUCGAUUUCUAUGUGAAGGCAUAG